AUGGAAAAUAUUCAGAAGAGGGCUACACGCAUCCCGCACGGUAUCCAGCGACCUUGCUAUGACGAGAGGCUGAACCUAUUCAGCUUAACUCACUUCUCCGAUAGACGCUUACGAAGGGACUUGGUAGUCACAGGCAGAGCUUUGCAUGGUUUCUUCAGCACUGACAUGUCCUCACUUUUCCGUUGCAACGCCAAUCACCUGCAAGGUCGCAACUGCAAACUAAUGAAAGUGAAGUUUUGAACUACACUUCGCCAAUUUUUACUGUCUAACCGAGUGUUUGACACCUGCGACAGGCUGCCCUACGGCGACGAUAUUAAUGCAUUCACGCGUUCAAGAAUCGUUUCGACAGAUGGAUGCAAGACGAACUCUAGUU